AUGAAGCUGACCCAGGAGUCAACCCGCGGAAUCAGCGCCUUUUUCCUGCUGGAUGUGGCCAACGCUGCUCUCUACGACCAGGUGAUUGAAGUAUUUCAGGGUUCAGUACAAGGUGCUGCAGUCUUCAAUGCGAGCACCGCCCCAUCAUACAUUUCCGAAUGGAAAGACAUCUCAGUGUGGAAGGGCAUCCCGUAUGCCGCAACAACCGGGGGAGAGAACCGCUGGCGGCCAACGCAGACAGCCCCGUCCUGGAACGGAACCCUGAAAGCCACAUCAACAUCUGGAGUCCCGCCACUCGACCGAUGCAAGCUUCCCGUGAUGUUUUGGUCUUAUGCUGCUGGUGGUGAAUCCAGCCAAACUACCUAUGAUGGGGCGGGCAUGGCCGGCAAGAAUAUCAUCGUCGUCAGCUACAACUACCGCACCGGGCCCCCCGGCUGGCUCACCCUUCAUCAGCUGGCCAACGAGACCGGAGCGACUGGCAACUAUGGUCUCUUGGAUCAGAUCCACGCACUCAAGUGGGUGCACGAGAACAUUGCCGCGUUUGGCGGAGACGCUGACUCGAUCAUAGUGGCAGGACAGUACUUUGGCUCCGGGGCCGUCUACCAUAUUGUCAACAGUCCCUUGGCAAAGGGGUUGAUCAAGAGUGCCAUUGCGGAGAGUGGCCUCAGGGACCCCUAUGACCCGGACAUGUGGGGUUAUGGUAGCGACUACCGGAACAUGACUUGGGCAUAUGCUUUCAGUGAGGCUUUUGCGGAGUCCCUGAAUGCAGCUAAUGUCUCGGAGCUUCGAGCCAUGGAUCUCGACACGUUAUUGACCGGAACGGGUACGUCCACAUUCGUUGGCUUCGACCCGGUGCUGAACUAUCAUUCCAUUCUCAACAAGUACAUCGUCAGCCUGGAGGACGGCGCCCCAACCAAUGUUCCCAUCCUGGUAGGCAACAACAAGGAUGAAGACGGCAUCGAUCUCAGCACCACCUACACAGUGACGGAGUAUGAAUCGGAGAUCAAGUCGACCUACGGACCCUAUGCCGCUGACCUCCUGGCUCUCAACCCGGCUAGCAACACCAGCGAAGCCACCGAUGCAUACAACUCCAUCAUCCGCUCUGGCUAUUGCAUCUUGACGUGGUCCUGGGCCGACCGAUGGAGCAAGUCGUCCGACAAGCCCUUCUAUUACUAUAUCUGGACGCACUCCCCUCCGGGCUCGGAUGGAGCCACUCACGGCUCCGAGGUGGUGUAUGCUCUAGGCAAUUUGUAUGUCCAGUUAGAGGACUACACCGACACCGACAUCGAGAUUGCUAACAUCAUGUUACCCUACUGGGCGAAUUCCAUCAAGACUCAGUACCCUAACAAAGGAGGCUCGUACACGAACGGAAUCCUCCCCUACUGGGGGGCCAAUGUACGCUCGCAAAACUCUACCUUUGAGUUAGGUAGCCUUUGGAAGAAGAUUCCUUUUGCGUCGGUCGAGGAGAAGGAGAUUAUCCUGGAGUAUUUCAAGUAUGCGACUCCGAGCCCUUAUUAG